AUGUUUGUCCUGCGCAGAUUUCGGGGGUUUGGGUCUGCCCUAAGUUCGGUCAGGUCGGCUGCUUCUGUGGGCAAGGCCCAUGUUAAUUUUCAGGAGCCCAUUGCUCCAAUACCUGGAAAAUACCCAGUAUGGUCAUCCCGUCCGAGUGAGCUAUUCUCCGAGCUAAAGGAUGGUAUAUCAUUAAAAUUACUUGAACACUUUAGAUUCAAUCGUUUUUAUCCAGGGAGCUUCUUCCUCCCCAACAUUACUUACUAAUGCUCUUUACGAACACGUUAUGGAGAAAAAGCUCAAUAACAUUCGGGUUUAUCAACAUCUUCCUCUUGGUGACCUCGCUUACCUACGAGACGAUGCCAAGGGUCAUUUUAAACUUUCAACGUCUUAUUCUAGUAAGGGUUAUCUUCUUUUUGAAUGCUUAAGGCAAAAAUUGCCGCGAUGCCUUGAAUGACGGAAGGGCCGAUUUCAUUCCCAUACAGAUUUCUGAACUUCCAAUUCUUUAUCGCAAAAAGCAUGUGAAUAUAGAAUAUGCCCUAGUAAUGUUGUCUCCGCCGGAUAAGCAUGGAUUUUGUACUUUGGGCAGUGCGAUCGGCUCCGCCAGAUCUGCAAUUCAAAAUGCAAAGCGCAUUAUAGGUAAACACGUUUAUUAUCAAUUAACUUCAAAUAGGCCAAAUUAAUCCGCUAGCACCGGUAACAUACGGUGACUCUACCGUGCAUAUUAGUCGUCUGGAUUACCUCUUUCACGGUCACCAGCCUCUUUGCGAGAUGCCCAUCCCGAGUGCCAAUGAAACGGAGCAAAAAAUUGCUUCGAUUAUAGCUGACAACCUUGUUGAUGAUGGCGCCACAAUUCAGCUUGGUAAGUCUUCUUCCUUCACCUCGCAACUUCUGAUUCUGUGUGAGACCUGGUUAGGUGUGCCUAACCCCAAGUAUGUUUGAUAGUUUUAGAGCAGUUUUUGCAGUUAACGCGAAUAACAUUUAAACGAAUCACUCGUUCAUCUAUCAUCAUGCGAACUCAUAUCUCCCCACCCCAUCUUUGAGCUUCUCGACGUCGCUUAAACGUCACUAAUGACGAAUGAUAUUAAUUGAUUUGUGAGGUUUUAAUACUGGACUAUUGCCAGUGCCGGAUGACCUACGCGUUAACUUCAUUAUUUCUCUUACUAAGGCUUUGGUCGUAUUCCCUAUGAAGUCACCUAUCGCCUUCGGAGUCAUAAAGAUUUGGGUGUUCAUGCCGAAAUAAUCGCCGACGGAAUAAUUGAUCUGGUGAACCUCGGAGUCAUCACCAACCGUUUUAAACCCGUGCAAAGAGGACGCAUCGUUACCAGCUACUGCAUAGGAACGAAACGUGUUUUCGAUUUCGUUAAUGAAAAUCCACUUGUGUGUAAGUAGCUUGUUUUGAUCAUUCCUGCUUCUAUUUACUUGUCUGUUUGGUUAUGCUCUCGAACACAACUCAUAUUUUUUGUGCCUCUUAAAAGGGUUUGUCGUGCAUGCCGGAUGUGAGUUUCAGUGUCAAACAAUAUAAAUUUCUGAUAUUAUCGUAUCCACCAGCUCGAUCGGAUAGCUCACACGUUGCAGGCAACGACGUUCAUUACAACCCUCACUAGGUGGAUGCAGUAGCACCUUGCGUGUGAAUGUCUGUCGUAUACCAGGCUUGCUAUGAGUGUGCCACAUUCCACCUUACUCAAAAGACAAGACUAAAACAAAACUGCCUUAGCUUGGUGUGAAGGCGUAACUGACAAAGCUAAACAAACCGCUUGCGUGCGCCAGACAGACUGAUAUCCACUCAUGUACUAGCUUACAUUCGAUUAGGUCACAUUUAAAAACAGUAAUUACCGCCUGACACAAUCCCGAGCGGAAUUAUUUGAUUAUUACUAAUAUUUUCUUCUUACCUCUCAUAUCCUCACCGCGGUUCCUCGUACGCGGCAACCGGGUGUCGCUGGAUAUUUACUGCUUUUACAGCAAUCCCAUACGCCAGAUCAUGAUAGAACUGCUGCCGACUUGUUUGGUAUUCGCUUUUCCCAAUAACGAACUUACAUGAGUCUUUUCCAUGUGAUGUCUUAUUACACUCAGACUAAAGCUAAAUAAAAGUGUCCUAGAUUAUCGUUAAGUAGUUUUAUCGCCGGUCGUUUAGUUAAGACAGAUACACACUGUUUGCUCCUUUUUCAUGUGGUGAAAAGUUUUGUACGUCUGACUUAACCUCAUUUGAUGUCAAGCCAACGGAUUAAUUGACCACACUACUUAAAACUACUCACCUCGCCGGUUUGAGGACGACCGGAUCUGGUCUCUCAACGUUGCCGCUCGAUAUGUACUCAUUUGGCGUGAUAUCUCUUCGAAUGUCACAUCUUCGCAAAAAUCCUCUCACGUCAUGCUGAACCAAAGAAAGUUACUGCAGGAACUGAAGUCAGUGUGCUUUCGAAGUAUAUGCACGUUCUGCUUUAGAUCUGAACUGGUGUGGACUAGUUUACUGUUAGUGUUGUAAACAGCGGUCUUUGAAUCUGCAGAGCGUCUGGCUUUAUUUGCACACCUAUGUCACAUUAAUAACGGUUGGUAAGUGUCAUAUAGCCCUGGAUAUUUAACAGAUUUCCACAUCAGUCUUAGACCGGGAUAAAGUAGGUUGCGUUAUUUGAGUUAGCUAAGACAAGAUUCUUGCGUCCCCGCAUUGAGGUUGUCCGUCGCCCUGCAAAUCUCCCUAAUAUUCAGAUUUAUUUUGAGUGCGCUCUCGGAUUUUGACCUAAAUAUGCGGUUAAGACUACAUUGGAAGCCUACGCUGCGGAUGUGGAAAGACUCACCAGUCAUUUUUAUGUCUGGAAUAAUUAUCGGCUUUCCACUUACCAGUUGGAAUUCAAAUUUUCAUUUCCAGCCCUCAACGACAUAGCGUGGGUUAACUCCACUGAAAUUAUCGCUCGAAACCCGAAGGUUACCACCGUAAACACGUGCUUUGAAAUGGACCUUACCGGUCAGAGCGUGGCGGAUGGCAUUGGAGAGACUAUUUACACAGGUAUGCUCCUGAACCUUUUGCUUGAUGCUUUUUAGAGGGGUGAUUUUUCAAGUGAUUCUGCUCAAAAGCUUGCAUUACAAUUUCGCGCUUUAACUAUCAUGCUUGAAGGCACUUUUAAUCAUCGCCUUCCCUAAACGGCGUGUUUUGGCAGUUUGUAACACCAAAUGUGCGACGUAUGGACCCCUGUACGACUUUGAAAGUUCAGAAUGGACAGGAUGUUCUGGUGCUCGACUAGUCUUCUUAGACGAAAGUUUUAGAUGACACUUAAGAUUGUCAUUUUAGACCGCUUUAUAAGGAAGUUUCGGUGCUUAAAACCGACCGAAUCGGCAAAAAUUUGCAAGCGCACGGGAUAAGUCAGGGUACUCUGGAUAAACAGCCGAACAUAUUUGUGGUCAUCGAAGACCUUCCGGAGCACUUGUUUUUGGCGUUCGAAAUCGCCUUUUAUCUGCGAUACUUGUCGCAAAACAUGUGCGAAUUUUGCGUGAAAUUUGACGAAGUCGCGAUGAUCCCUUGUUUCUUUGCUCUCAGUUGACGACUUAACGUAAUCAGUGAUUACAUUUUGUUCAAAUAGGUUUACGGACCUCAAUUGCCAGUCGCUUUUGAAGAACAUCCAUUUCGCUUUUUUAAGAAGGCUCAUUGAAUUUGCGAGUCCCUCAUGGCACGAGGCAUAGAAGCUUCGUUGCGCACCGCCAUACUCAGGUUGUAUUCAUGGUGUUUUUUGGCUAGCUGUCUUUCUGCUACUGAUUGAACUAGCCCGGAACAGUUUUUGGCGGUCUGUGACGUCUGCCUACCAUGCCGCCAUUCCUAGGCAACUGAUCUGCUUUUCUCCAACACAUUAGCAGAAAACCUUUGAGUCAGCCCAAACAGGAGUAUUUGUUUGUUCGGUGCUUGUGCUUACCGAUCACGCGUGCAGGUGUCUUGUUUAAAGCUUCUUUUUUAAUCGGUGGGUUUUUAGCGAACAACUAAGGCCGGAUCCACACGGGCUUCACUGCCUGGAAGGACUAUGUUUACACUUACUGUCUCGUGGUCUGCGCCUUGCGUGUAUCCUCUUUCGUCUGCGGAACCGCUGUGACCGACCGCGCCUGCUUAUUAAUGUUACCUAGGCUCUAACAAGCGUUUUUUGGUAGCCGGAUACUCACGUUUUUGCCUUAUGGACUAUGGACGUUGUCUGGUUUGAUUAAAACGCCCCUUGCAAGUUGCGUCGUUUUAUGUCGUGUUAUUUCCACUAAGCGUGGUUCCCAUUCAUAUUUUUUCGUAAAAAGGUUCUUUUCUCUAUUAAGAACCAAAAUAUAGGCAUUUCAGCAUGUUUAGAGUUUAAUCCCCAAUAAAAUCGAAGCUGAAUACACGAGAAGACAGAAACCUACCUGUACUUGACUAUUAGGCUUAUUUGUAGGACGCUAACGAAUCCGUGUUUCGGGUUUAGAUGCCCUCAUCUGUGCAUGCCGAGGCUUCUGCUCUUUGGUUUACGUUCCCAAACUAUCAUAUCCACUUUUGACAUGGACGACUUUUCUCGGUCCUUUCGAACUCACCAUCUGGAAACAGCGUCCAGUUUAGGUACAACUAUCACACUAUGCCAUUAGAUGACCCUCCUCGAAGCUUUUCCAGCGCACCGAACUAAUGCUCCUGGAAUAGUCAACUAAUGUGCUCUAAAAGCCCGGCUUCCUUCACCCCUCAUUCAUUUUCUAUCCAGAGAGCAGGCUUUUGCUGUCGUUUUUGGCCUCAUUCCACGCCAAGUAUCGUUUCUAAUUCAAUUUUUCAUUCAGGCGUUGGAGGUCAAUUGGACUUUACGCGUGCGGCGUCGCUCUCGGAGGACGGACAAGGACGUCCAAUCAUCACAAUGUGCUCCAAGAACUCCGCCGGCGAGUCGUCUAUUGUACCAGUGCUUAGACAGGGAAGCGCCGUUGUGGCGACCCGAGCACACGUGCACUAUGUUGUCACCGAGUAUGGCAUCGCCUACCUGUUCGGCAAGUCUCUGCGCCAACGAGCCCACGCGCUCAUACAAAUUGCCCAUCCCGACUUCAGGUGAGCUCUCACACAGCACUUGAUGCCAAAAUUUACUGCCCCUACUUCUGUCUUUUUAUUUUCCUCCUCUCCUCUGCCUCACACACCUACCCACCUUCGCGUUUUCUUUAGUUUUAUCGUGUUUAUCUGUCUUCCUCUACUUCUUCUUCCUCCCCUCCCCUUUGGUUGCUUUACCGUCCUCCCGUUUCUUCCACCCCCACUUUAUUCUUCGUUUGUCCUGCAAUUUUUUUGUCAGUAGUAUUGAUAGUUCUAUUGCGUAGACUGUAGUCUCCCGCAGAGGUCUUCGGAAGAGGCUGCCUUUUCGCACGAGACGGCAGAAUAUAACAGGACACAAUGGCAGAUGACGCUUCUUGCUGACACCAAGCUGACGAACACUUGAAUAUGUUUGUUCUGUCAGUCCUGCUUGUGGACCGCACACUCAGUUUCCGCUUCCAGGUCACCUUGGUCAACGAGAUCCAUUUUCAAGCGACAGACUGACCGCCGCCAAGCUCUCGGCUCUAGCUCUUGCCUGCUGAGAGCGUAGCGACAAACUUUCGCUUUCAAUCUUAAGCUACCGUUUCUUGUCGUCACCCAUUACUCAAACAUCUCUGACCAAAGUCAACCCACCUACCCGUUUUCGACUUGCAGAACUCGAAUCUCAGGCGCGCGCGGGAAACUUUGGUCGUACGGAGUUUACCUGCUGCGAAAUUUGUCUAUUCUAUCGUCGUUAAUACAGUUAUAUUCAGGCAACCAGAUAUGACGACCAGGUGUUGGAAGAUGCCCAGUAGCACUGACAUUGCAGACCGCAAAACGGUCUCGCAAAUACCCCUCGCGCGGAUAUCAACGUGAGGGCGAAGGAAUGUUUCCAAACUAGAAAAAAUGCAGACGGCAUCCCUCAUCUGCGCCAUGGUUCUCACUUUCCAGUCUUCUCCAGAAUGCGUUGACUUAUACUCACUGGACAGUAAUAAACUGAAACAGGAUCAAGCGCCCUUGAAACGGGGUCAACAAACAAUGCGCCUGAAUAUUCCUGCUUGGAACCGAUAGGACAUCCACCCGUGUUUCAAGUGGUCGGACGCAUGACACAAUUGCUCGUUGACCAAUUUUCUGAACACCUAAAAUCAUGGUGUCUGACAGGUGAAGAUGGCCGUCACAGUUACCUCUUGCCAAAAAUACUUUCCGUGCCAUAUGAUACUCAAUCAGCCACUCGAGACAGGCUGAAGGCACUCAUCCAGUUCACGUUGCUAUUCACUGCGUUCUUUUUGCUGCAAAAAGUUCUGUCUGCGAUUUAAGGCUGUGUGCAGCGUCUUCUUUCUGGAUAUUCGCAAAGAAGUUGCCGGUUGCAGUGUUCCACGACGCGGCAGGUUAAUCCACACAGGCCUGCCUAACCCAAACAAGUCCACUGUGGCCUCAUGCACCAUCUUGGACAAUGCACCGACCCUACUGGACGAAUAGAAGUCGUUUCCAACAUUUUGGUCGCCUUCAGGGGGUCAGGUAGAGGAAAUAAUAUACCCCAAUUCUUCACGCUUACAAUAGACGGACUGCACAUCCUGUUAUUGCUCAUGUUGCAGAUUGAACUACUAAAACUGAGCUUCUGUCAAUUGUGGAGGUCGGCAAAGUACGCAAGGUUGGGCUUGACUAGGUCCUCAAAGUGGUUGACUAGAGCCAUUGCCAUUGGCAUACGCUAGUCUGUCAUGCCCUCCACAUGCCAUUUUUCGCCAUACUUUCUAAAUCAUCCGUUUCUCACAUUCUCCGUCGACCGCCAUCCCUGGAGUCGCGCGCAAUGGGUUAGAUUUAACCCCGUGUCACGCAUGCUCCUUAUAGACGGAGUAUUUGGCCGUAGAUGUUUUUCCAUCCCACAGCUCACUCACUGUCAUUCUUUCGUUCUUUUCCAAAAAUCAGUCUGCCCCGUUCACAGCAUUUGACCCCAUUUGGGUAUGAUGGUGUGCUUUUUCAGCGAUUACAGGUGCACAAUUUCCAAGGCGUCAAAUCCAUAGUCAUUCCUCUAGAAGUACUUCCACUAUCACCAUUGUUGGAUCGCCUUUCCAACCGCGGCUUGGACGUCUGGUUUUUUUCUUUACGCCAGUGUUGUUGAACUAUGGUUUUCAGCAAAUGACCAUCUCUUUGUAGGGUUUGGCAGAAGCCUUAGGUCAAGCACUGCCGAUGCGAUAUAUAUAAACUGUAUACUCUUCCCACCGGUCUACCAACUGGUCUGCCUUUAUCGUUUCACUUCAUAGACCCUUUCAGACGUUUGAAUCAACCCACCGAAAUUACAGCACACAUUCCAGCCGUCUUCAACUUAACGGCACCUUCUAACAGUCCGGAUGUAAGACUGUCGGAUUCUUAAGACGGGCAAACUUGACUGUCCUGUCUGGGCUAGUCUUUUUGAUCAGCCAUCGGUCCCAGAGCCAAGUUGACCUGUCCGUUGGACCAAAAAAGAGGAGUCCUUUAACAAGGCUGAAAUGGCAGACGGCUUGCGAAACAAUCUACCUUUCGUGACUGCUAUACAUAGUAGGGAGCUUUUAACGGUGGUUGUGCAGUCAAAAAAUGGCACUUUUCUUUGAUUACACAACUCUAAGUAGUUACCCAGUUAGGGUAUAUUCGUGUGCUAGGCCAGUUAACCUUGAGUUACAGCAACUACACAGAUUCUUCUCAUGCUGUUUACCUUCACUGGCCAUUCGCGUCUCCACUGUCUUUGUCGGUAAUAACAUUCUGCCCAUAUCAUGCGCCGCUGUGCGGCUACCGGUUGGGCUCGAGGGAGAGAGUCUGUAAAGCAUAACGAAACGAGUGAGUUCCGUAAGAACGAUCGGUGAACGCCCCUCUACCACUUCAAUGGCUAAUUAUACAGGUGAAAAAGCGUGCUGUGAUGCAACUACUUUCUAACCUAAUUUACUGUUAAAAGGCUGUUCACAUGUGCCAUUUCCCCACUAGUCAGUUUCCGCAGUUCUGUUCAUAGCCACAGGCUUUAUGUGGCACACAACACGUAUUUGCCACUAGUUCCUUCACUGUGCUGUUGCCGUGCUAACAUGAGACACGGCGGGCGCCAUGCUUUCAGUACGCCACAUAGUGGCCGUUACCUCGACUGUGGCUCGCGUCCACACCCAGCAAGUGAUUAGGUGACAAGGCCAGUUUCCAUUGGUUCCUGCCCGCCAGGGGAAUUAGGUGUAAGCGCGCAUUGGCCGAGCCUCUCCUUUGUCCGCCCGGAGUUUCACGUGAGGCGCUGUGGUCGUCUAUUUGACUGUGCCAAACACGGUGUCCAGAACGGGCAGUUGUCAUAGCAGCAUGACAAGCUGUAUCGAGGUUAUCAUUCCCCACUGACACCACUUCUAUUCGGCCUUUCUAGUGGCCUCACGGAGUUGUAGCAAAUGUUGCGACCACACUACAAUAACCGUAUUCACUGACAGGGGAAAUCAAGUGAGUAAUCACUGACUCCGCCCAUUUCGGUGAUUUUUUGCGGUGUAUUUCGCCGCUAAAGAAGAGUCGGCGCGUUCUUUGGCACUCGAGAGGGAGGGGGGAACGGGUAGUUUCGUCAUCCACUACAACUAAAUCCGUUUUCAAUCAGCCUGAUCUCGAUAAAUGCGGGAAAUUGGAGCAGAAAAUUUUCACACAAUAAUGAAGCAAUAGGCAUGGAGUUGCUGAAGGCCUUAUAUGCAUGUCAUGGAUUUGAAGUAGUAUACAUUCUUUGCUGAUACAAUUAAGCAAGAGGAGGCUCUUCGGAGAGAAGUUGCUCUCGCGAGUCAGCUGGUCACACCGACCCCUUGGCAAGCGAAAUGAAUAGUUCGGAAUGAGACUAUCGCACUAUAGGGGUUGCGGACGUAGGAACUACGUCAACAUGACGGACUUAUGUGGGAGGGGGUGAGUAUGGCGCUACGAUAGGUGCCGUAGGCGGCUACUAGCUACGGCUCGGCACAUCGAGAGAGGAGGAUAGUGGGUCGAUGGCAUUAGCGGCUGUACUUUUAGGAUUUGCGCAGAGGGUAAAUGAGCCGUGCAACGCAGACUCGUAGAAAGCCUCCAGGUCUGCAAUGCAGCCCAUAAUGUUUGUGGCAGAGUGCCAAGCUUCGAGGAAUGUUCACACGCCUUUUGUGUUCGCCAUGGCGAUCACCACCGUAUCGUCUCAAUUGAACCGGUGAUCAGUUGAAUGGGCGUGCCCAAAGACCAGAAACAAGGGACGUAUAGGUUUGCCCGCGUCGCGCCCUCGUUCUGUCUUCUAGACCGCUAAUCUUGCGUGCCCAGGCUGCCAAAUUAAUGGUCUGGGUUCGUGUUUGGCACUGGUUCGCGUCUGGUCUUCCGGUCAUUGAGCCACCCCCGGUGGGUUUUGUAUACUGCAGAAAGAAUCACACAGCGGUCCAUGUUGUUUUUUUUAUGUCAGGUCUCGAGGGUUAUUCCCUUCACCUAGGUUUGCAACGUUCUGAAAGGCAAACGUAUCUCCAUAGUUUGUCCAGUCUUCCCCUUACAGAGAAUGCGUUCACUGCGCAAACGUAUAGUCGUUUUUCGGUCUGUCCGUCGUGGUUAGCUUUGGAGCAGUCGCCCUGGACGGCUUAGAUGACGUUUUUCAUUUCCCUCGUGGCCUUGGGUCGCACGAUCAGAUGUCGACCGGUUGAUUCCGGGUUGUGGGUCAUUCUAUUAGCCAGCGCUUUUAGGGGAUGAGCGACUGUCUCAGGAACGUCGUCAGUCUAUGGAACUCUCUCUGUUGGAAUUUCGGUUUUUCAGUCACUGGAUGCCGGUUUCGUUUAGACUGCCUGAUGCGUCCGCGUAACUUGUGGGAAUAUGUGAUGGCCAUAAAGAGGCUCUGGAGGUAGCGGGGUUCUUGCUUUGUAUCGCCAGAUCCGCUUUAGAGUGCGUCUGUCCUUUUGUCGAGAGUUGACACACGGUUGCGUCUAUGCCACAACGGGUGUUUGGUGUGAUAGCUUAGAAUCUAAUGCGUGUUGCUUGUCACGACAUAUACCUUAGGCUUUUGGAGGACGGCCAGGAAAGACAGUUGGUUGUUGCUCUCUGCCAAUCUUGUAGACUGGAUGUCCAGGAAAACAGACAUCACAUAAUUCUGUGGUUAUUUCCCCCCUGGGGAUGGCGAAGGCAUAGUCGACAUAUCGAGCCCAAGAUCGUGGACUGCAAGCUACGAAAACUGGUGUUUGAAAAUGAAUUUGUGAAGCCCCGGAGUGACGAUCCCACUGGCGUCCCUUUGACCAGUUCGCACAUUGUCUCCCAGUAUGACGCACACCUUGGGAUAAAUUUGAAGAUGACUUCGUUCCUUAUCUUGCCCGUCUCGCUUUAUUGGUUCUAGAGCAGUUCGCCGGUCGUGCGAGAUUGGAGUGGAGAGAGAAAGAUGGCAUCAGAGGACACUAUGACCUCGUCUGCAUUGAGUCUAAUUUUCUUGAGUCACAUCAGGGACUGAGUAGUUGAACGGACCGUUGUGGCUUCGUCCCCCGCCAGGGGCCUCAGUUGUCGGAAUAGCCACUCAGACAGAUUAAAUAUUGGUGCGCCGCACAACGAUAAUUUGCCGGAGGGGGACAGCGGCUUUAUGUACUCUGGGUAGUCUGUAAAAGCUUAUUACGGCUGCAUCUAUGGAUUUAAUGGCUAGUCGUACCAACUUAUUCAUUGCUUUGCCUGUCUCUAGGUCUGGCUACGUUGUCAGCUUCCUCGUCAGUUCAUCAUCACAUCGGAGGCACACUUGCCGUUCCUCCAAUAGUGUUGAAUUUCUGCGCGUUACUAAGCCUAUUCAGUACAUUUGUGGGACGCUCUUCGUCUGCUAAUGGUAUCACGCCUUUUGGGUCAGUUAUCAGUGUCUUGAAUCCAUCUUGCUCGCGUAGUUUUGUGUGCUAUCUCUAAGGUGGUCACAUGCUGCCGGAUGCAAUGCAUUGUCUCGUUGGACUCUUCGGCUUGCCAGAGAAUCGAUUCGGCCGUGGCCACGACGUUGACCGGACUGGUGUUUGUGGUAUUGAAACAGGCUUACUAACCUAGUACUUUCAAUUGUUCAAGUUUCAACAGUCUGGAGGACAGACUUUGAACUUGAGCUCUGUUUUCUCCCUAGAUUCAUGACUUAUUUUUUUCAACCUUACCCACCAGCUUAGCAUCUCUUUGCGCGCAAUUCACCUGUCGCAGCAACAUACCUCCGGGUUUGCCGCGCGUUGCAACCACUUACGGCAAACCCCGUUAUAUUUGCGCAGUCGAAGAUGGCAGUCCUGGAGAAGCGCCCGAAUCAUUUACCUGCCUUGUUAAAUCACCCACUUAUUCGUGAACGUUUGUUUACCGGUGGCCUGUGAGACAAGCCUUCCCCUUACUGCGUGGGUUCGAAUCCCACCGAGGCGCCGAGUUUUUCACAGUUGGGUCAGUAUGAAGUAUUUGAAUCUAUAAGGGUAUCGAAAAUGGAUGGGGAAAAUUAAUACUACUCGCGUAAUUUUUUGCCGAGCGUGGUUUUUUCAGACAACCGAAAAGAUGGGCAUUUAAAAGCCAGCAUUCCGGCAUGCCCGAAAUAUCAAGACAUUAUGUCACACGCCAAUCACUAUUAAAGCCCCACUUAAUUAAUCCUCCCCAAUCGGAAACAUAUUUCGAAAUUUCAGUUAACAUUUCAUGAGGUUGGUCACUGAUUAAAAUUAACACUGAUCGUUCGAAUUCUGAGGUUGCAGUAACAGACAACUUUUUGUGGACGUGAAGGGUUCUCGACGACGGCGAAUUUCCGUUUAUUUUGCGUCAGUAAUUUUCUGUCAAUAAGGACACAGGUGCUGAGUUUUGCCUCUUCUGCAGGAGCUACUUCUUAUUCGUACGGUUUGCCUUUCCUACUUUUCAGAGAAUCCCUGGAGAAGGCUGCAUUCGAAACCUUGAAGACGAUGCCAUCACCCUAG